GAAGUGUGAAGCUGUAGAGCUCGCGCCUCUUCAGACUCAGACACCUUGGAGACAAGAAGACAGCGCGAGCACGACUCACACGCGGACGUAUAAAAUGCUGUUGAACAACGAAACCAGUCUGACGAGUCGGGCUCUGGCUAAAUUCUAACAUUACUCUGCGAGCAGAAGAAGAGCCAUGAAGAAACACCUGAGUCCUACGAAACAGCAUCAACAGCCGCAGCCGCCACCACCGGCUGAAGUUCCAGCCUGCGAGGUGACCGUCCAGCAACUCAACGAGCUCCUGUCCGACGGCAACGGCUUUUACAGCCUACCGACACAGCACUUCAACGAGGUCUUUCCCAGGAUAUACAUCGGUAACGCGUUUGUCGCUCAGAAUACAAUGCGUCUGCAGAAACUUGGUGUGACACACGUCUUAAAUGUAGCAGAGGGCACCUCCUUCAUGCAUGUCAACACCAGUGCGGAUUUCUACGCUGGCACGGGCAUCACCUAUCAUGGCAUCCAGGCCAAUGACACAGAGCAGUUCGACCUCAGUGCCUUCUUUGAGGAAGGGGCUGAUUUUAUCGACAAGGCCCUAGCGCACAAUAAUGGCAAAGGGAAGGUGUAUGUACACUGCAGAGAAGGCUACAGCCGCUCCCCCACCAUGGUUGUUGCUUACCUCAUGCUGCGCCACGGAAUGGAUGCACGGCUGGCGGUGGCCACUGUGCGGCACAAGAGAGAGAUCGGUCCUAACGACGGCUUCCUUCGCCAACUGUGCCAACUCAACGAGAAGCUGGCAAAGGAGGGCAAGCUGAACGGGGACCUGGGCAAAUUAAAGGCCAAGUGAAAGCUGGAGAGGUGCUGCCCGUCUCCUCCGGCCCUGCCUUUGACUGGCUGCAGCUGCUCUGGUAGACUGACCCCACCCUGACCAAACCAGCACUCAUCUAACACAUCAGGGGUAUUCUGAAGCAUACAUGCAUUUAUCUGUGGAAUUAUUCCUCGUGUUCACACACACUUGCACAUGUACAUGCUGUUCUGUUUGAAUCUUUAGUCCAUGUCUCUCACUGCUGUUCUACAAAGAGUGUGAUCUCAAAAAAAACCCAUCCCCCUUUUUAUAACUUCACACAGAUUUUGCUGCUCAUACCCUAAAGCUCUGAAUUCCGCUCAUUUCUGAGCUACUUAAAGCAUUCCUUCAAUUCCCACAACUUAGAAAUUUGAUAUCUUUGCCCUGAUUUUAAAAUUUUACUUACAAACUUGUAGGAAAUAGAAGAUUAUAGCACAAUCAUUCCAUAGUUUACCACUGCCGGGAAUGUCAGUGAUGUCUCCGCCAGUAGGAGUACUCUAAAUAAUUCCAAAUAAACUCCUAAAUAUUGAAAGUUGAUGGCCACAAAUGAUGCAACACAGAGUGGAUGAAGGAAAAUCCCACAUUCCAUUAAAUCUUAAAAAAAAAAAAACAAUGACGCCCAGUCGAUUCCUAAAAAUCCUUAAUUCUUCCCUUUGGGAGAAAGAUUUAAUGCACAAACACAGAUGACUCACACUCUAAUGCACCCUAAUACACAAUGUAGCAUUUCAGUUAACAGACUCAGGCCUCUUGUUUGACAGCGGUAGCAUGAAAUUUAUCUGCAGCGCAAACGGUUGUCGACAGAGCCGCCGCUGCUGAGAACAGGAAAAGGUCGAGCCAAUUAAAAAUAAUGAGCUGCGUGAGGCGUUCACGUAGCAGCCAUAUUUAGCCUCUGAUAUGAUGAGUGUUCACUGCAGCUGGAUAGUAGCUCAGUACAGUAGAUGCAGAAAUCUGAGGAGAACGCUGGAUCAAAUAUCUGCUUAAAAACACGAAAUGCUUUGCCUUCAAUUUGAAAUGAGCUUAUUGUCAUUCCCAGUAAUGGGCACAUGUGAGUGGUUUUAAAGUAUGUUUGUAGCCAGAGGACGGCUUUUCUUUUCUUUUUUUUAAUAACAUUUUUAUUAAAAAUAAGUUUAGGUUUGAUAAUCUUCAAAUUUGUGAGACUGCAACAGCAUGUUAGGGUCACUAAAGGUUAACAAAAAAUAAAAUUGAGGCUAAUGUGACAAAUUUACAAGAAAAAAACUUGUAUCUGCCUUUGUUUCUCAUGAAUUUGUAUGUUUUUGUAAAAUAAUAAAUUGUCCUUUUUUCCUGAAUUUAUGAAUAUGAUUAUAAUCUUGAAGAUUUUGGACUUUUUCUCAGAUUGUAAACAUCCUUACCAAGCCCCUUACACACUCGCAGUAGCCCUAAUACACUGUUGCUAAAUGUUCUUAAAAUACCAUAAUCGGUAUGUUGUUUGUCAGUAACUCUUGCUUUGUCUUUCAGCACAUUGCUUGCCUUUAAAAAAUAGUUUACAAAGUGCUUUGACACAAUACAUAUUAAAGUCACAUAGAAAGAAACGGGCGAUAAGCAAAACGAUGACCAGAAGGGAAUCCAGUUAUGGAAUCACACUAAAGCCAAAGUAUAAAAAUGUGUUUUAAGAAGUGAUUCACUGCAGGUUGCAUAAUUUUCAUGUAUUGUUACAUGUUAAGUCAUCAUCAUGAUCUCAAUAUGGAGAAAAUAACUAACUGGGAUUAUGAUUUUUUCCGAAACCCAGCAGCACGACCUCUUGUUCUUAGAGGAAAAUCGUAACUUGCUUAUCUUUAUCAACAAGGCUAAAAUACUCCCAAACAAUUUACUAGUUAUAGUUGCACUUGCCUCCUUUAAACUUACUGAGCUGAAACGAUAAUUUCCCCUGUAGAGACUGCCCUCCGGUGGUGUUUCUCUGCAUUACACAUCAAGGCAUGACCUCAUUUCUGCACCUGUAUCAGGAGCUUCUAUUUUUUUGAUAAUAUUUUUCUGGAUAAUAUAAAGGUAACACACAAGGCUGUUGCAUGUGAAUGUAGGUUCUUCAGUUAAAGAUGGCAAAAUAGUUACUGUUGCACUUUGGGUUUGAGAAAGUGGGUUAUGAAUAUUCUGCUCAGAGGUGUUUAAGAUGUUGUUGUUUACUCUGCCACCUUCAAACUAGGGGCCUGUUGUUUUAACUGUCAAAUGCAUCAGCCAGAUGGGAUGCCACCCGCUUUCAACAGAAAGAUCCAGCCAUCACGCCACCAGAGAGUUGCACACUGCCAAUUCCCUGACACAACCAUUCACUCAGAAUCCCAAAACCACUGUUUCAUCCACACAGAGGUCCCCACACAACAUGUCACUUAUCUCACCCCUAAAUGUGUGUGUCAUACGCUAACUAAUACACACACAGGGUCAAAUUAGAUCACAACGCCUUUUUUUGUUGUUUUUUGUUUUGUUUUGUGUGCACUAAAGCAUUGCAAUAUAUGUCAAUACCCCAUCCGAUAUAUAGAAUGUAAUCACAUUUAUAUGACUAACAAGGCAGUAGCUGUUACAUAUAGGCAACUUUAGUUCAGCAGUACAUUUUGUAUUUAAUACUGGGCAUAAUACUGUAAACUAGACCUAGUGCCAGGAAGGAUGGCGAUGGAGUGAAUUCUUGCACCACAUGAGUCCUCAAGUUAGAGAAGUCGCACGAGCGAGAUCAGACACGCAUAGACUCGUGAACUAAAUGUCAUGUUGGCAGGAUUGUUGUCAUGCAAGAGAGGAAGAGGAAAACUAGGUUCUCACCUCAUUAAUGGCACUAUUUAUUCCUCCUUUGAUAUAUCUGUAUACAUUUAAAUAUAUACAUGUAUACUGUAUAUACAUAUUUAAGUGUUGACAUAUAUGAAUGUAUGAGCAAUGUGUCUAUAACGUGUAGGUAAUGUCAGUAUCGUCUUUAUAUAACAUGUUCUACUUGUAUGUAGCGCUUUCAUUCUUUCUGUUAAUUACAUGCACAUUAAUAUUUGGAUAUGAUGUGCAUGUAAAUUGUUCUGUGUAAUUGUGGUAGUUCAUAUCGCAAUUGUGCAAAACGUGCUUAUGAUGGCAGGUUUUUUUUUUUUUUCCUGGUGUAGCCAGGAUACUGGGGCAUGUAAUCAUUGUAUCUAAGUAGCGUUUUGUACAGCGUAACGUCUUCAUAUCAGUGCAAAUGGAUUCAUUAAAUACAGCAAGAUGCAGGUGGCAUCAUUAGACGCAAGUGACCAUCCAAAGAUGGACUCAUCCCAUCACCCAUUUCAUUUGGCAUUAUUUCCAUCUCUCGCUUUUGAUGCUUUAGGAUCGAUAUAUGGGUUUGUUUGGAUGAGAGUGUUAGUGAGAGGAAUAUUUUUAGGUGAAAGGAAAUAACAGGAUCACGUCUGGUGUCCCUCAAACCACUUGUGCUUAUGGAAUGAAAAAAGAAAGAAAAUGGAAAAAAUAUGACCAAAAAUAUUGCAUAAAAGAUCCAUGUCCAGAAACUAAAGGGAGGUUUUGAAAAGUGACAAAAGGCAUUUAAUAUAAAACUAAAGAUCCACCUUGAGUGGCUGGACUUGGAUAUUUUAUGGUCCUAGUUUUUCAGACGUUCAGACCUUGCAGAUCUGUAGUCUUGUUGCUCUCUCCUCUUACGUAAAGCGAGCACAAAGCAGUCAAGCAAAGUGCGCCAUUUAAUAAGUCAGCUUUUACAUUUAUAUUUUUCUUUAUAAUUUUAGGUACAUUAAGCAGAUCAAGAUUAAAGUCUCACAUUAAAUGUUCAUAUUUCAAAGCAAGCAGUGGAAGUCUACCCAAAUUAAUCACUUACUUGUUUGAAAAUGAAAUUUUCAAGAAAGUAUUUGACUGCUCCAGCACAUUUUUUAUGUCUUAAAGUAAAAUAUCUUCUGCUGUUGGACUGUUAAUGAUAAUUUGGCUCUGGGAAAUUACAAAGUUCGGUUUUCACUGUUUUUUCAGAGGCUUUAUUGACCAAAUAACCUAUUGAUCAAUCAGGAGAACAAUUCUCAGAUUGAUUAAUAAUGAGGAAAAAGCACCUUCCUGCUCCAUGUAGUGCAAGUAAAGAGUACAUGAGUCUACAAAUAUACAGCCAGCAGAGACAUUUUAAAGGCCAUGUGUUUGUGCUGAUUCCAAAACAUACACUGAAAUGUCCAGUGCUGCUCUGGCCUCUGACUCAUUAUUGGCCAGGAGGAAAAGUCAGAGAAGGUAAUGUUCUCACAGGGAGUUAAAACCGAGGACAAACCCUGCAGAGCGAGAACAUAAGUGCGCUUGUGAUUGCGGUUCAUGCGCAGGUUGUUCCAGUUGACUCUGAGCCCUCUCAUUUGGCCAUUUUUAUACAUGUGAAAAUGUUUUAAGCAAAGCAUUUGAUUUCACAUCUUGCAAACGCUGCUUCCUCUUGUGGCAAGAUAAAUCGGGUGCAGUAGUUCAAAUUCCCGACCUUUAAGUAUAAUUUAGUAAAUGCGUCAUACCACUCAUUCCCAUCACCUCAUCAUGAACCCCACACCACCAUUAUUGUCAAUGAAAAGGUAGUACAGAUAUACGGCUAUAUUAUGUGUUUAAAUUGUCAGUUCCAAGCGACAUACGCGACAAAAACAAUUUAUAUUAUAGAUGAUUGGCUUUGCCAUCAUUCAGAUGGCCUGGGGUUUCACUCAUGCAACUGUUUGGAUCUGCUCUAUAAUACUGCCCUCCUUCUGAAUACACAAAAAGCAACAACAAGACACGGUUUGGUACCUCUUUAAAUUUGGGAAUUGGUAUAAAUGUCCUCAGCUCAUUCCAGGAUGAGGGUACGUACUUUAAAGCAUCAACUGCCUACACCGACCUGCUUAUCGGGUAACUCAUGGAGGGUUUUCAAAGCACUCUGUGGUUGCCCAAACUGAUUUUCUGAUGCAACUGAAAUGACUUUUUGGAUGCAAUGAUGUGAACAGAGAGUUUUUAUCAUGGCAACACUGCUGGCUUAAACACUGUUCUGUAAAAGAAAAAAACACUGCCACCUGCUUGUUCAACAAAUCUACUGGUUUGCACACCAAUUUUAAUUAUUUAAAGUGGACCUAUUAUGCAUAUGUAUUUUUAAAUUUUUUUAGUACUAUAACAAUGAUGCAUGCUCAUUUUACAACUUACAGUUAGAGAGCUAAAAUGGCUCAGUGCAAACAGAAGACAAAUGGAGGGGCUGCAUCGAGGCUCAGUAUGAAGUAAAUAUGGACUGUUUUGAAUGAGAAUUAUGCAAAGCUAAUCUACUAAAUUUAGACUGUAUUUAUAUAGCUACAGUUCACAGCAACAAUUCUUUUGAGGUACUUUAUAUAUUAAGAUGAAUAUUGGCUGCAAUAUUAGUGAGAGAGCCUCAACAUUGAGCAGCAGCAAUGGUGAGGAGAAAGAACUCCCUUUUAAUAGGAAGAAACUGGCUCGUGGGGGGGAAGAGAGAAAACAGAACAAAACACAAAAGACAAAAUCAAAAUUAAAGUCAUGCAGUUGUGGCGUGGAGACACACAGGACAUCGUUAAGGGUCACCUUAUUCAAUGCCAAUUAUCUUUCUCCAAAAGGAAACUUUGAAGAGAGGUCCUCUGUCUCCUGAAUCCAAUGUGCAGGUUCCUUAGCUGAAUGGCUCCCAUUCAACUUUUAGAAACUUUAGGGACCACAAAUAACUGGGGAUUUAUGCUUCAUCGUAUCUACAAAUAUUCUGAAACCCUAUGACCUAACCUACACCCUAACCCUAAAAAUGAGGCUACAAGUCCCAUAAACAUGGCCCACAACUACCACGAUUGGCCUGUCCAGUACUGUUACCACUCAGCCGUAAAACGCCGAUGGGAUAUUGUCAUCACCCUGCCAGGCAGGCGGUGUGGACACCCAAGUUUGUGAAUGUAAUAAGUUGAGAAAAAGGCAACCUAGGAGUUUCAAAUUGAUACCAUAGAUGUAUCUGUUAAAAGUGUCAGACAAAUUUAAAUCUCAGUGAUCUCAACCCCAAGAUCAAGGUCAGAGGUCAAGUUUUCUGAAAAUCUUCUAAAUCCGAUAACUCAAAAAGGACGUCCAAGUAUUUUGAAACUGAUGCCACAGGUGCAUCUGUAUUUUAAAAUUUGUCAUUAAGAGAAUAAUAACCAUUGCCUCAAUAUAAGGAAUAAUAAUCAUAGUAUCAAUAUAAGGGCAAAUAUCAGCAAAUUCCUGAAGGGGUACUGCCAAACCUGUUGGAAUGGACAUGAGGGAAUGUACAGAGAAGUGGAAAAACUUGAGGGAUAAAUAUUUUUGCCUUUGAAGAGAAAAAAUACUGACCACAACAAAGAGUAGUGACGCCAGGAGGGAAAAAUGCCGGAUAUUUUAUUUGUUCCUAUUGUGGCAGGCACUGCAUUUAAAACACUGGGACACAACCACAAGGUAAUUAACACACAACCAUAAAUGCUGCCAGCAAUGUCGGCCGCUGGAGUAGUUCAUGUCAUGGCCUCUAAAAAGACUCACUGCAGAAGUCUAAAUCAGAUAAUACUCAGAUAAUAAUUCAGAUAUAAGAUACCGUAGGAUCUGAUUGCGAAUCCCAACCCUGAUACUGAAUGAUUUUAAGGAGAAGGGAGCCAGUGAAGAGAAGCCAAUAUGGAUCUGGAAAUGAGCAUAAUAGGUCCACUUUAACACAUCGUAAGUAUUUAUAAUCCAGUCUCAUGUUGUUUGUCUAGGUCUCUUUUCAUUUUUAUUUAUUUUGCCCCUUAUGUGAAACCCUGAAUUGCCAAUCUGAAGCACCCGUUUGUUUAAACAGUACCAGCAUCUUUUUGUGGGUAAUAGAGUAUGUGUUAUGUAUUAUCGAAAAUGUUGAAAUGCCAUUGAUAUUGAUAUAUAUGGUUCUAUAUUCUGAGUAUGUAACAAAAGGCAUUAAGACCGUUGUGAAUUGCUGCAUUUUACUGUAACUGGGGUGUUACAGUGUAAAGAUAGGACAUUGUUUGAUAUUUGGGAGUUAUUAAAAAAAAAAGUUUGACUUAUUUUCUCCUCAAAGUAACAUUUAGUUUUUUAAUCUAGAUUAAAGUUUAUUCUUAGUUUCAUUAAAGAAGGCUGUUUGUUUGUUUUCAUUUCAGAGGGUUUUUUCUAUGGUAGGAAAUGUGUGACCCACUUCUCCAGUGUAACCAGUGAGUUUAUUAUCCGUGUUGUUUUUGGAUGAGUCACUCACAUGUAUAAUGGUAGUCAGACUAGGGCCAGACUGUAAUUGCAGCUCAUUCAUAGCGCCCGUUUUAAAACCAGAGAGGAGAGGAGGAUGGAGGGUUGUUAAAUUACUCGACUGGAGCCAGGUAGUUGUGUUUAUUAUUGCAGAAAAGUACCUUAAAUUGACUUACAAAUAAUUUCCUGCGAUUUUCACUCAAACUCGCUGUCCCGUGUGGCGUGUCUCUGUAAGGCAAGAAGCUGCCAUGUUUAAGACCUCUGUGACUGACAGCCGAUAUCUUACAUCAUGGAAACUCAUCUGGCUUCUUGAUGUAGUAAACUCCUUCCCUUCUCUUACCCUUCAGGGCGUUCAAACAAACACCGGAAAUGACUUGCAAAUACCAUCUGGCGCAGGUAAGGCGCUGACAUGCAGAGCUGUCAUCAUUUCUCUUCCACUUUGCACUCCCAUCCUGAUGAACAGCUUAAAGCAAGAGUUUUAGCACAAAUGAGCCCACUGCCCGACUCCUCCUGGAGUCCAUUACACAGUCUCGUCACAUAUUUCUGUUGUACAGAUAUGUACAGAUGUUGCAAAGGAUGUUGUUGGGAUGAUGUUGUAUUGGCUGUUAAUGGGUAUAUGCACAUAUAUACUGAUCGGUGGCAAAUUAAAGGAAAAGUGAGGGGAUCCAGUGGCUUUGUUGUGCUGUUGGAGGCAUUUUGCAGGCAUAGUUUGUCCCCUUAAUGAUAUCGUCUCUUCCAGGAUGACAGUAGCCCCAUAAACGGGGCACAAAGAGUGGUUUGGAAAUUAUGUGAGGAAACUGUGGCUCAUCAUCAUCCAAAUGCCAGUGCCAAGGAGCAUUGAAGCGACUCUUGCAGCUCAUAGUCUUGCCACACCUUUAAAAGCCACUUUAUGUUCUUAUUUUUUCCUGUAAUCUGUCACCUUUCUGUACAUAUAUAUUUGUCACCACCACUGUCAUCUCAGCAUAAGCAUCACAACAGUAACGGCACUCGGCACCCAAAGCCUUACGGAAACGAUCGAUUCUUUACGAUAUGUUUUUGAGUUUUUUGUGUAUCUCACUUCACACAGUAGGAAGGGACAGCUCCCUUAUUAUAGAGCGAGACAUCGUUGAAGUGCACUUGAUUUUAAAUUGCAAUGUUAUUUUUCUUACCUUUGAGAAGUCCCUUCUUUCUUAUGUUUAAGAAAUAAAUGGCUGAGGUAUUAACGGC